CAUACAAUUGGAUGAUUAAGUUUUGAGCCAUGGAGCACCAACCAGGAGCUGUGAAAGUUCUGCAAGCUUGCCAAGUAGCACCAGCAAAGGGAGGAGCAACAACCACUUCCAUGUCUCUGCCAUUCACCUUCUUUGACUUGGUAUGGUUAAGAUCUCCACCAGUGGAACGUCUUUUCUUCUAUGAACUUCCCAAUUCAACACUUUCAUUCUCUGAUUCCAUUCUUCCCAACCUCAAACACUCCCUUUCACUCACACUCCAACACUUUCUCCCACUUGCUGGUAACAUCACUUGGCCCCAUGAUUCCUCCAAACCAAUCAUCAACUAUGUCCUUGGUGAUUCCAUCUCCUUCACUAUAGCAGAAUCCAAUGCUGAUUUCAACCUUCUUUGUUCCAAUACCUGUGAAGCCCUCAAACUCCAUCCAUUAAUACCCCAUUUACCCACUUCUCAUGAACAAGCCUCUGUGGCCCUGCAGGUUACUCUGUUCCCAGGCUCUGGCUUUUGCAUUGGAAUAUCUACACACCAUGCUGCAAUGGAUGGGAAAACUUCAACUUUGUUCCUCAAAGCUUGGGCCUGUACCUGCUCUAAGCUCAGAGAAGAAUCAUCAACUUCAUCACUGCCUAAAAAUCUAACACCCUUCUAUGACAGGUCAAUGAUAACAGACACGGCAGGAAUUGGUGAAGCAUAUCUCAACAGUUGGUUGAACUUUGGUGGACCAAACAACAGAAGCUUGAAGGUGUGGGAAUUUGGUGGUGGAUUAUCCAAUGAGGCGAUUAGAGGCUCGUUUGAGUUAACUUCCUCACAUAUUCAAAAGCUUAAGCUGAAAAUGAAUGGUAGUUUCUCAACAUUUUCAGUGACAUGUGCUUAUGUGUUGCAAUGUCUAGUGAAAGCAGAACAAAAACAACCAAAGGCUAAAGGAGUAGCAUUUUUGUUCAGUGUAGAUUGUAGGUCUCGUUUAGUCCCUCCAAUUCCGAGCACUUAUUUUGGUAAUUGCAUUAUUGGGCACAAGGUUAUGGAUGAGACAGAGAAGCUACUAGGAAAUGAAGGUUUCAUCAAUGCUUGCAAAGGAGUAAGUGAAGUUUUGAAAAGGUUGGAGGAUGAAGGAGUGCUGAAUGGAGCAACAACUUUGUCCACAAUGAUGCAACUUUCAAGGGAUAAUAGGAUACUCAGCACUGCUGGUUCGCCACGGUUUGAGGUUUAUAGUGUUGAUUUUGGGUGGGGAAAGCCUAAGAAGGUGGAUAUGACAUCUAUAGGCAAAUCAGGAGCAUUUUCGCUUUCAGAAAGUGGGAAUAACAAGGGAGGAAUUGAGAUUGGUUUGGUGUUGAACAAGGGUGAAAUGGAAGCUUUUUCUACUCAUUUCAUUCAAGGACUUGAAUCCCUUUAAUGUUGUGUGAAUAGAUUCAUACUCUCAAUGGAUGGUAAGAUUCUAAAUGAUUAUGCCUUGUGCAAAGAUUGUAUGAUAUGCUAGACUUAAACCUGCGUGUCAUACGUGAAUAAAUCAGUGAAAAUUGUUGUAAUUCAGUUUCAGCUUCAAGGCAUAUAAAUGGCUAAGACUAAUAGGCCUAUGCCUAAGAGUGGCUUUUAUUUUGCAAGCACCUUGCGUGUGAUAUCCACACCACUGUGUAAUAUUGUGGUUUUUGUUGAGUUGCUUCCUACGCUAGUGCGUGUAUUUCCUUUGUAAUUCUACGCACUAUAUGAUAGAAUCCGUGGAUAAAUAGAGAUUUUCACUCUGA